AUGGAUCGGGUCAAAUCCAAAUCCAUGUGCCUCAAUGAGGAAACCGUCAUCUGUGCUCUUACCGUUGCCAGAAUCAACCGCAAUCCCAAAUUCGUCACUUCCUUUGCUUCUUGUUAUGAUUGCGUAACUUUUCGGAAGUGCACAGACAACAUACAGCACUUUUCUGUGGAACCCAAUCAUUCUGAUAGGAUUUCCAAACUGUCCUACGGCAAGGGUUCACUUCUUCGUUUCUUUGUUUCUACAGUAUACCAGCAGAGUUUUGUGGAGAUGGGUAUGCUAAGGAUAGUGGAUAUAAGAUUUCUGCAGCUAGGGUGUUCAAACAGAAGAAAGCAACACAGAGUGGCAAAGUUCUUAAAGAUUAUUGAUGCCGCCUUCUACUACGAGAUUCGAUGA